AUGACCGAAAUCCAACUUCAGCAGGCAGAUUACUCAGAACCCGAGGACGACGACGACGACGAAGGGCUGAUAGAGAAAUGGCACAAAGUCGUCGCGGCACUGCUUGAAGCCACCUACGACGCCUUCCCGCGCAGCCCGGCCUUCGACCCGGCCUCGCCCUCUGAUUUCCAGGCGUACUGGCGCGACAUCCUGGCCCGCCUCCACGACACCGUCGUAUCAGACCCGAAGAUCCCCGAUACGUUGACGUUGCCGCCGCGGAAGAAGUUCACGAUAAAGCUGUUUGACGCGCAUCAUAUCCUGGGCUGCGCGUGCAGCCUCCCGAAGGUCGAGCCCACCAUCACGCUGGAGAACGAGGUCGGAGUCACCAAGGGUGACUUUGUGAGGGGCCUUGCGAGCUACCUGUAUGGCGAGUCGUUGCCUGUCAUCAAUCGCGCUCAUGUUGCCGAGGGGACACCACCGGAGACCAAGACCGGCGCGAUGGCGUACUCGUCGGAUUGGAUGAGCUCUGGAGCCGGGGGAAUAUAUGCAUAUGAUGUGGAUUACAAGUACAGGGUACCGAAUAUCUGGAUAUAUUGUUACACGUGGGACGAAUUCGAGCGGAAGCGGAGCAAAGAGAAGGGGGAGGGCAAGGACGACGAUGAGGAUGAAUCUCCUAAAGUCGAUGUUAGAUGGUUUGUAUGA